CUUGUCAAGAUUUUAAUUACAUAUAAGAAAGUGCAGCCCUUCCUUGAGCCUGUCAACCCGCCAAGCUCCAGCGAGUAGCGGAUGAAUGAAACCCAGAGGGCGGGGGUGGAGGAAAGGAGCGCAGUCGUCUUCCAAGAAGGGGUUGUCAGCUCCGCGGCCCCCACAGCGUCACCGAAGCAGAGCCCUGUGAGAGACUAUAAAGCUCGCAGCGGCUCCUGAGCCUCAGCGCUUCAGCUGGUGCCCGGGGAACUCCAACAGGAGUGAUUCCCGGAGGGUCUCCGCUGGCGCCAGUCCCUAACAUCACUUUUUUCAGACUGUCUCAUCCUUCCUGCCCGAUAGAUGCUCGAAGUCGCUUUUGGAGAAAGCUCCUCCUUUCUCCCAUCACCUGCAGGGUCAAAGCAUCCCUCAACCAGCAAGGGCUGUGGUACCUUCUCCAUCUCGAUUCGGGGCGGGGCUGAGGUCCGCUCAGCGGCGAAGCGACAGGGAGGCAGAGAAGAACUUCGCGGGAGACGGGCCGGGCUGACGGUGGGUGAGCGAGGGGACUCGGGUUGCACACCCAUCGCUAUGGCCUCGCUCCCCGUAGCCGCGAACUGGACGGACAGAGGAACGGCCGACGCGGACACCGGGAACCUGAGUGCCGCGCUCGAGACUGGGGCAGCCGCGGGAGAGGCUGAGACUGAGUGGCUGCAACUGCUCGUCCAAGCCGGCAAUCUUUCCGCUUCCUUCUCCCCGCUGGGUCUGGCGGCGGCCUCCCCCGCGCCUUCGCAGUCCCGGUCUAACAUCACCAACCAGUUUGUGCAGCCGUCCUGGCGCAUCGCGCUCUGGUCGCUCGCCUACGGCGUGGUGGUGGCCGUGGCCGUCUUCGGGAAUCUCAUCGUCAUCUGGAUCAUCCUGGCCCACAAGCGCAUGAGGACCGUCACCAACUACUUCCUCGUGAACUUGGCUUUCUCCGACGCCUCCAUGGCCGCCUUCAACACCUUGGUCAACUUCAUCUAUGCGCUGCACAGCGAGUGGUACUUCGGCGCCAACUACUGUCGCUUCCAGAACUUCUUUCCUAUCACAGCGGUGUUCGCCAGCAUCUACUCUAUGACAGCCAUUUCGGUGGACAGGUAUAUGGCCAUCAUUGACCCCUUGAAGCCCAGACUGUCUGCCACCGCAACCAAGAUUGUCAUUGGAGGCAUUUGGAUUCUAGCAUUUCUACUUGCAUUCCCUCAGUGUCUUUAUUCCAAAACCAAAGUCAUGCCGGGCCGUACUCUUUGCUACGUGCAAUGGCCAGAAGGCCCCAAGCAACAUUUCACUUACCAUAUUAUUGUUAUUAUCCUGGUGUACUGUUUCCCAUUGCUUGUCAUGGGUAUCACGUACACCAUCGUUGGAAUCACCCUCUGGGGAGGAGAGAUCCCAGGGGACACCUGUGACAAGUAUCAUGAGCAGCUAAAGGCUAAAAGAAAGGUUGUAAAAAUGAUGAUUAUUGUUGUGGUGACAUUUGCCAUCUGCUGGCUGCCUUAUCAUAUUUAUUUCAUCCUCACUGCAAUCUAUCAACAACUAAACAGGUGGAAAUAUAUUCAGCAGGUCUAUCUGGCUAGCUUUUGGCUGGCAAUGAGCUCAACCAUGUACAACCCCAUCAUCUACUGCUGUCUGAAUAAGAGAUUUCGGGCAGGCUUCAAGAGAGCAUUCCGCUGGUGUCCUUUCAUUGAAGUUUCUAGCUAUGAUGAGCUGGAGCUCAAGACUACCAGGUUUCACCCGACUCGGCAAAGCAGCCUGUACACUGUGACCAGGAUGGAGUCCAUGACAGUGGUGUUUGACCCUAGUGAUGCAGAUAACACCAGAUCCAGUCGGAAGAAGAGAGUGCCUCCAAGAGACCCAAGCUUCAAUGGCUGCUCCCGCCAGAAUUCCAAAUCUGGCUCCACCACUUCAAGUUUCAUAAGCUCACCCUAUACUUCUGUGGAUGAAUAUUCUUAAAUCCAUUUCCUGAGCGGAAAGAGUAGAGUGAGGCCAUCAUGGUGUCACCAUAGUGUCUACACUCUCCUGAUUGUCAGCCCUGUCUUACAUAGUCUUUGUAAAAAAGAAGGGCAAUUUUUAGGCAACUGUGUUUCAACUGAGAAAGGUAGCAUUUGAGUUUAACAAAGACACUAUUAAGGUAUUUGCCCCCUCAAAAACAAAAUGGGCUUUAAAUUUAUUCUUUGAAAAAUUUAAUGAUUGUAUGUAACAGAAAAAUAUUUCUGAAAAGUAUUUGUAAAGAAUAUCAUUUUUCUCAUUGAAAAACUGCAAUAUAUAUUUGUGACACUAAAGUGACAUAUGAUUUCCCCAAAAGAUUAAAGAACCAUAAAAAUAUAAUGAUGUGAGUGAAUAAAAAUAAAAUCUGUAUAAAAUGAAACUUUUUCAUCUAUAGCUAUUAAAGAAAAAAAGUUAUAUGACUUAUUUUAUGACUAAAAUGAUGGGAAAUUAACCUUUAAGAGUAAAAAUUAAUGAAAGUUUUUGCUAAAGAGAAUUAACUCUGUAGGGUAAAAUUUUUUUGAGAUUUAAAGAUAUUCACCAUGAAAUAUAAUUGAAAAAGAAACCUGAUCAAAUUAUUAGGUAGCUGCACACAUUAUUCUCUUUAUUUUUCUGGGAAAGUUGCUUCAAAAGAAAAACAUAAUCAUUUAGUUUUUGACUAUUACAUAUUUUAAAGAGCCAAACUAAGAAGUAGUCAAAGAUAGAACUUUAAAAUGACAAAGCAAAUCCUGAUGAUCCUCCUUAUUUUAUUUUUCACAAAUAUUUGUAGGUUUAAGAAAAAAAUAGAUUACAUAAUAGUAAAGAGGCUUUCUAAUGAAGAAGGGAAGAAUCUCAUUUAUCUCUGAACCUGACUACCAAUUUUUAGGCAAGAAUUAAAGAUACUAAUUCAUAGUUAUGAUAGCAGACAAGAGCAUCUAUUAGCUCCAAAGGAAAAUGUAUUUUUCCUCCAUAACCCAAGGAAAAAGUUUAAGGUGAGUAUUAACAACUGUAUAGUGCCUUUAUUCUCUCCCCUUCCCCCACUGGGGGAAAAAAAAAAAAGAGAGUAAGGACUAGGAGAAAGUAUCAGAAAAUAUAUUUAAAUGCAAAGCCUUAGGACAAAAAUCUAUGUACUACUUAUAUGUACUUGUUUGAGUGCAUGCUAAGUUGUUUCAGUCAUGUCUGACUCUUUGUGAUCCUAAGGACUAUAGCCUGCCACGCCCCUCUGUCCAUGGGAUUCUCCAGGCAAGAGUACUCGAGUGGGUUGCCAUGCCCUCCUCCAUGGGAUGCACUAGUAUACAUAUAGGUAAAUCAAGUAAUAUGUAGAAAAUGGAAUCAACUGUUAGAAUAAAAAGCUGGACAAAAUGUGGAUACACGUGAACUAAUACGGGCAAACAGGAGUAUAAUAUACAUAUUUCUACAGAAAGAAACUUCCUUUAUCUGCUUAGAUAAUUCACAAAUUCCCCCAGAAAGAAGUGAGCUAAUGGUCCUAAAGAAGAAUCUGUUUUACUAUAAGAAAAAAAUAUACUGACACAUUUCUGAGAGCUAUAACAAAUCAAGGCAUACCAUUAAGUGUGGAAUUUAUCUUCCAGACCUCAGUGCUCAAAAGCCAUCUUUUCUUGAAUUAGAGAUAUCAUCAAUCCAGCUCAAGAAAGCAGUAACCUUCUGAGAAUGUGGAUGUGUAGUACAAACUUCUCCUUCAAAAUAUUCAGUUAGAUUUUUAAAGCUAUCCAACUACAAUUACCUGUGACUUUACUGGAUUGUUAUGCUUCCAUAAAUAUAGGACCAUUUUUCUUAAGAAUAAGAUAAGAAACAAUUAUUUUAAGAGAAUACAUGGUGUUUACUGGCACAAUGUUAAAUUUUCCAAUCUUCCUCCCCUGUUUUGGAUCCAGCAUCAGAAGUAUCUAACUGUUACAAAGUGUUAAAUGUCUAAACACCCCUAUCAUAAGUGUUUAAGCAAAUUUAUUUUAAUUACACUAAUAAACAGAUACACAUAUAUACAUAAACAUGCAAGUGUGCAGACACAUACAAUCGGUUUAAUGUAUGCAAAAACUUCAAAGAAUUAAAUUCAAAAUUGAAUGCUGAAAUAGUAAGCGGCCAUUACAGAGUUGCCACAAACAGCUUAAUAAAGUCUGUGAAGCUUGUGUGCAUGCUUUAGAUAAACAAAUGUAUUAUUAUUUAGUCCCUAGUCAUUGAAUAUUGUGUUUAAGUGUUCAUUCCAAAACAUGUAAAUGCUUAUCAUACCACGUGAAAGUGUCAAGAAAAAGCCUAACAUUUUAAAGCAAACAUUUCUUCUUCUUAAACUUAUAAAUGAUUGUGAGACCAGCAUUAGUGAUUUAGAUGAAUGGGACCAUAUUCAGCUGGAGAUUAGAAUGUGAAAUCUGGCCCUCAAAUUCAGUGUACUCAGCCAUUACCAACGCACAUUAAUACAUCUGAAAAACGUAACUCCUGCCUUCACACAUUAUAGAAACUCAACAUAAUUUCAUAGAACAUCUAAGGGAAAAUAUUGCUCCAAUCAGCUGUUUUGUAUGUUUUCUUGUUGUUGUUGCUUUGCUUGCCAAGGAUCAUCCUUCUGGCAUGAUGGAAGUACCUGAGGUCCAGACAGUAUCCUUAAUACUUUUUACAGAAAACUGAUAUCAUUAACUCAAUGCCCAUGACUCUUAAACUGAGACCUUAUAAAGCAGAAUAUUGUAAGUU